GAGAGUCAGCGUCAGUCCCAAGGAAAACUUAUCCGCUCCCUCCCUCUCUCCCUGCCUGGUCAGUCAGGGCUCAGGCGUCGCCGCCCCUCAACCCUCCCUGGUCUCCUCCUCCUCCUCCUCCUCCUCUUCUCUUGUGGCCCUUAGGCUUAGCUGCUUGUUUCUCUCCUCGUCUUCCACUCCUACCACGCAGGCAGGCAGACACAGGAAGCGGCACACCGAAUUCUGAGCUGGUCAGCAAUCUUCUCUCCCCUGUUGCUUCCUUCCCCGUCACUGUUAUACAACUAAGUAGCAGCCGCCGGACGUAGCGCCAGAUUCGCAAUCGGUUCCACUUCUUCCUCAGCUCUUCGGAAGGAGGUAAACGAGGAACAAACGGAACCAAGUAUUGUCUCCAGGAUCAAGUCUGCCAAGAAAAAAGGGUGUAACCUUUAUGCUUGCCGCCAUUUAACUGCCGUGCCUCUCCUUCUCUAAGUUGCGGGGAAGAUCUUGGACAUGGAAGCUCAGAAGCUUCGCUUUGUCAGAUGCCCGAGAUGCCUCCAGCUUCUUGUUGAAUACCCCUCCAUUCCUGUUUACAAAUGUGGUGGCUGCAGUACUGUUCUCAGAGCAAAGAAUCGAGCUGCGCCUGCAGCACAAGCUGUUUCAGAAUCUGAGGAACACGACAAUUCUCCAGGUAGCCUGAAAGGAUCCCCUCAGGAAAGCAAAUUGUUUUGCUUGGGUGAACAGAAAAUUGUCUCCUCUGUUGAUCAGCCUCAUGAAGCCUCGGCUGAUGGAACCAUUUCCUCCAGCAAUACCAAUUCCUGUGAGAGCGCAAUUCAAGAAAGAGCAAUUCCUGUGGCAGAGAUUGUAACCCUUGCUAAGCAUCAGAAUGAGGAAAAAUGUUCCUUAAUUGAUGGGAAUAUCGAAAACCAUGGAGAGAAACAUGACAAAGACACAGGAGCUAAUUCUAGUUCCAAUUUGAUUGAAAAAGUGGAGAAUCUUGACACAAGUAAAGAUGCAAAUGGAGGCAAAGUGGAUAAUUUUGGCACUAGUGAAAUGAGCACACUGUAUGAGAAAACUGAGGUUGUUCAAAGGGAGGAGAGGCUGCACACAUUUGAAGGUAUGCAUGUUGAAUCUCAUGAAGCUCUGAUUGAAGAAUUGGAGAGGUCUCUAUCAUUUAAUAGUGAUGAUGACGACUUUUCGGAUGACGCAGAAAACAGUGGGCUUAGUGAUACUCUACGUCAACAAAUGGGUAGCCGCAGAUUUAUGCUAGGGGGCAAAAUGAAUGAUGCCUCUCGAAGUGAUCCCCAUGGUCGAUUGAUUGAAGAACUGGAGAUGUCUUUCAGUGAAGCAGAAGAGCCAAUGGACCAGUACACUGCGGUUGCAGACAGAGUUCAUGGGAAUGAGCAUGAUAAGAAUCCACAGACCCUGGGUACUGGAAGCUCACAUCCAUGCGAAGAAAUCAUUUCCUCGUUUGACCAUGGAAAUCUCAAAUCUGGACAGAGUUUUCAUCAAGAAAACAGGCAAAUAGAUAAUGGCAAUGAAGGAAAGGAAGAGUACCAUUUUGAAGAUGAAGGCACUGCCAAGUGUAUUCAUGGAAAUGAGCAUAUUGUGGUUGCAAACAAGGACACCAAAGAUAAUUUUUUUGAGAAUGAGAAUGGUGAGGAAUCUAUGGAUGCGGAAAAUGCACAUCCAUGUGAAAGGAGCAUCUCUUCAUUCAAUGAUGGCAAUAUGAAAUUUAAGCAAAGUUUACAACAAGAUGACCUAACAGCAGAUGGCACCCAAGAAAAGGAAGAGGGCUGCAUUGAAGAUGACAACAUGACCAACUAUGCUCAUGGGAAUGAGAAUCUUGUGUCCGUGGACGAGGACAAUGCAGGAAGAGUUUGUGGGAGUGAAGAUCUAACAGUUGAUGGCACUGGAGAAAAUGAAGAGAGCCAUAUGGAAGAUGAAAAUAUGGCUAACUGUAUUCAUUGGAAUGAGCAUGUUGCAGUUGCAGAUGAGGACAUUUCAGAGAGAGUUCAUCGGAAUGAGCAUGGUAAGGAUCAACAGUCCAUGGAAACUGAAAAUGCAAAUCUAUGUGAAGGAGUCAUCUCAUCGUUCAAUGCUGGAGCUGGACAUAUCAAAUCUGAACAAAGUUUUCAACAAAAUGAGCUAAUAGCUGAUGGUACUAAAGAAAAGGAAGAGGGUGAUAUGGAAGAUGAUAACACGACCAACUGUGUUCAAGAAGACAGUGCAGCUGUUGCUAGUUUUUCAAGCUUGUCAAAUAAGAGGACUCAAUGCAAGUUACCUAGUUCUAAUAAGAACAAGGAACAAAUGCCCUACAGAUAUAGAGCUACUCAACUUCAUCAGGGACUGUCACUUGAUUCUGGAGACUUCAAGUCAAUCCAAAACUUUGAGUCGCAAAUGGAUGGUACCUCAAGUUCUCUUUCAAGUGGGUCUUCCAGUCAAGGGGAUUUGAUGCACAGAACGUCAAACAAGUUCAAUAAUAUUGUAAGACAUGACCGCCUCAAAAAGAUGGAUGAACUAAGAGAUCAGCUAAGUAGGCUUUCUAGCCAGAAAGGCUUGGAGAAAAGGUACCAGAAAAGAGGCCUAGAGUACCAGCAACAAUCCAAUAGUUACGAUGUUGAGCAGCAUUUUCAAAGUGUUGAUGCUGAUUCCAUUCCAAAUUCCUGUGCUCUAGAAUCCUAUUAUGGUCAUGGAAGUUCACCAAGGUACCAACCACCAAAUCCUUUCUCUCCAACCCAUACAUACACACACUGCCAUUUUGGACAUGCCCAAACAUGCAUACCGAACAAUUACAACACAUGGGAGUUCAAUUCAUAUUACCAGUCCUCAUAUGCUGAAAGCACAAUUCUUGACCAUGGGUCAGCGAAGUCAACUUACAAGGAGCAGAAGAGAGUGGUGAGAAAGCAUAUUUUGCGGCCUCUGUCAGGUGCUUGCCCAUUCACUAUCUGCAACAGCUGUUUCAAUUUGGUUCAAAUGCCAUCAGAUAUCUACAUAUCAAAAGCAAAGAUUGGCAAAGUGCAGUGCGCUCAGUGCUCCAAGGUUCUUGUAUUAUCAUUCCCUGCAUUAUAUCAGGCGGACGCCAAGAUCAGCAAGGAUAUGGCACAACAAUCAAACAAUCCUGAUUAUAGCAUAGUCGCUAAGAAUGAGGACAUUGCUUCUCAUUCUGCUGAGCACCUAACAGGGUAUCCUGUUAGUAUAAAUGAAGAACAUGGAGCGUCCUUCACAAGAAGCUUCUCUACUCAAGCUGGAUCAAGCCUUGUUGCCAGUGGCAACAAGGUUUCUGACUCGGCACUUCAUCGACUCAUGGGGUAUGAUUCAGCAAGUCAGUUGUUACGUCACAGUAGAGUGUUUGAUGAUGGAUAUGAGAGCUUCGAGUCAAUGGUGCCAGUUUCCAGUAGAGUAUCCAGAAGGAAGAACAUGUGAGGUUUUUCUCUGAGAUGUGAAACCUUUGGUUCCUGCAAGUAGGAUAGGAAGGCCAAACAAUUUUGGAGUAUAUUUCAACCGUACCAGUCUUUCUUAUGAUUAUGAAGACAAGCGGACGCCUUGCCUGCAAAUAGUUUCAUAAGUUUUUCAGAGAACUCAGAUUUAUUUGAAGUCAUUUAAUUUGUCAAAUUCUUUAGUUAUGGUAUAUAUAUUGUUUAUUCUUCCUGUAAAUUUGUCCAUAUUUGAUUAUAUAAUGGUGGUUACUGAACGUUAGUGUUGGCAUCUGAUAUGUUUCUUGGUCAAAGAACUGGUAAGUUUGUAUCU